AUGCACGAAUUAGCAGCAUAUGCCAAACCUCAGGAGUCCAAGAUGAAGUAUNCACUAGACUCAAGGUCUCCCAGAUCAUUCUUGGAGCUAUGUCCUAUGGCUCUUCUCAAUGGCAAGAUUGGGUCUUGGACGAGGAACAAGCACUGCNCUCUACUCAAGCAUGCCUAUGACCGUGGCAUCAACACCUGGGACACAGCCGAUACUUACAGCAACGGCCGCAGUGAAGAAAUCAUCGGUGCCGCAAUCACCAAAUACAACAUCCCUCGCUCCCGUCUGGUUUUGUUGUCGAAGUGCUACUUUGGCGUCACCGACGACGAUAACUCCGUCCACCAGCCCAAGAUCCCAGAAAUGAUGAACAAUGAUGGAGAUUUGGUGAACAGAGUCGGACUUUCCAGAAAGCAUAUUUUCGAUGCUGUGGAGGCUAGUGUUAAGAGAUUGGGUACUCAUAUCGAUGUGUACGUUUUGGUUUUCUUCGGUGGUUGUGGCAGAGGAAGAAAGAUUGCUGACAGUAAGCAACAGANNUUGCAGAUCCACAGAUUGGAUAGAGGAGCCCCGAAGAAGGAGAUUAUGCGGGCAUUGAACGAUGUUGUUGAGAAAGGCUGGGUCCGCUACAUCGGCGCCUCCUCAAUGGCAGCAUGGGAGUUCCAAGAACUGCAGAACAUUGCAGAAACCCACAACUGGCACAAAUUCAUCAGCAUGCAAAACUACCACAACCUGCUUUAUCGCGAGGAAGAGCGCGAAAUGAUCCCUUACUGCAAACACACAGGUGUAGGUUUGAUCCCUUGGUCACCCAUGGCACGCGGUGUGCUCGCCCGCCCCUGGUCCUCUCGUACCUCCAUCCGCGAAUCCUCCGACAACACCUUGAAAGCCCUAAUCCGCAGCAAAGAAUCCGAAAACGACGAAAAAAUCGUAAACAGAGUUGAGGAGGUUGCCAAGAGAAAGGGAAUCUCUAUGGCUGCUGUGGCGGUGGGGUGGAGUGUUGCCAAAGGCGAUAUUCCGAUUUUGGGAUUGAGUAGUAAGGAGAGGAUUGAUGAGGCGGUGGAGAAUUGUAAGACUGUUUUGACGGAGCAGGAGAUUGCUGAGUUGGAAGAGCUGUAUAUGCCAAAGGCUGUUAGUGGAUACUAA